AAAAAGGUAUUCUAAAAUUUGUUUCAAUACCAAUAUAUAGUCGACAUAUGGACUAAUAUCAACGUAAUCGAUUUCUGACAUCAUUCCUGUUUUCACAACGUGAUCCUGUCUGUCAGAUUAUCAGUGAAUUUACCAUGGUUUCCCUAAAUCCAGUUCAGAUUUUGAGGAUGGGUGCAGAGGAGGAGAAGUCAGAGACUGCAAGAAUGUCAUCAUUUGUUGGUGCCAUAGCUAUUGGUGACUUAGUGAAGAGUACAUUAGGACCCAAAGGAAUGGACAAGAUUUUACAAACCAGUUCCAAUAAUGAGACCAUUCAAGUAACCAAUGAUGGGGCUACUAUUUUAAAGUCAAUUGGUGUUGAUAACCCAGCAGCCAAAGUUUUGGUUGAUAUAUCAAAGGUCCAAGAUGAUGAAGUCGGUGAUGGCACAACAUCAGUUGUUGUUCUCGCCUGUGAGUUACUGAAAGAGGCAGAAAAUCUAGUGGCACAAAAAAUCCACCCCCAGACAGUUAUUGCUGGUUGGAGAAAAGCUGUGGAUGCUGCCAGACAGGCACUUACAGAUGCUGCCAGAGAUAACGGUAAAGACCCUGUCAAGUUUCGUGAAGAUUUAAUGAACAUAGCCAGAACAACGCUGAGCUCUAAAAUUUUGACCCAACACAAAGACUUGUUUUCAAAAUUAGCAGUUGACUCAGUUCUGAGGUUAAAGGGAAGUGGAAAUCUGGAUGCCAUUCAGCUGAUCAAGAAGCUUGGAGGAAAUCUUUCAGAUUCUUACCUUGAUGAAGGUUUCUUGUUAGAUAAAAAAGUAGGUGUAAACCAACCUAAGAGAGUGGAGAAUGCCAAAAUUCUUAUUGCUAAUACUCCAAUGGACACUGAUAAAAUCAAGGUUUUUGGCUCCAGGGUUCGGGUAGAUGCCAUCUCUAAAGUAGCUCAACUGGAACUUGCUGAGAAAGAAAAGAUGAAGUCAAAAGUGGAAAAAAUCCUUAAGCAUGGAUGCAAUGUUUUUAUUAACAGACAACUUAUCUACAAUUACCCUGAGCAGUUGUUCUCUGAUGCUGGUGUGAUGGCCAUUGAACAUGCUGACUUCGAAGGGGUUGAGAGGCUGGCACUUGUUACAGGUGGUGAGAUAGUGUCAACUUUUGACUGCCCUGAGAAGGUGAAACUAGGAACCUGUGAUCUGAUUGAAGAGGUGAUGAUUGGUGAAGACAAGCUUCUGAAAUUCUCUGGUGUUGCAUUGGGUGAAGCUUGUACGAUUGUGUUGCGUGGAGCCACCCAACAAAUUCUUGACGAGGCUGAGAGAUCACUUCAUGAUGCCCUGUGUGUAUUGUCUCAGACAGUGAAAGAAACUAGAACAGUAUAUGGUGGAGGUUGCUCUGAGAUGCUGAUGGCUGAUGCAGUUAGUAAGCUGGCAGCCAAAACUCCUGGCAAGGAAUCAGUUGCCAUGGAAGCUUUUGCCAAAUCUUUGAGACAGCUGCCUACAAUCAUUGCUGACAAUGGAGGCUAUGACAGUGCUGAUUUAAUAGCACAAAUGAGAGCAGCACAUACUAAUGGCAAACACACUAUUGGAUUAGAUAUGGAGCGUGGCAGGAUUGCAGAUAUGGCAGAGCUGGGUAUAACCGAAUCCUAUCAGGUGAAGCGCCAGGUUCUCAUGUCUGGUGCUGAGGCUGCGGAGAUGAUCAUGAGGGUAGACAACAUUAUUAGAGCAGCACCACGUGCCAGAGCUCCUGAUCAUAGACAUCACUAACUUUGAGACUCCUGCAUCUAGUGUGAAAGGUUGGCUUGUAAGAUGUAUUUUUAACAGGGGAAAUGUUCACUUUAUUCUGUUCAUACUGUCGUUUAGGUGAACAUCAGUUAUCAAAGAUUUUGAUUUCAACUGUUGCAAUGAUUGUCAGAAUGAAUAUCUUUUAAUCACAGUUUGAACAAAUGAUUUAUAAUUGUGUUUUCUUAAUUUAUUUAAUUGCCUUAUAUAAACUGCAGAUACUGGGUUAGAUAUAAUUGUUGAAGAUGAACAAUGAUACAUAUACACUAUGAGGGAGUACAAUAAAAAUUGUAAUUCAAUAAGCAAGCUGAAGCAAUUGAGUAAACAUGCUACAGUAAACACAGUGAUGUUCUAAGAUCAUUGUUAUUAAUGAGUGAAUGUUUCAUUCUGACAAGAGGUUUGGUGAUGAAUUAGAGAAAAAAAAAUUUGCUUUUUUUUUAAAAACAUUUGUCCAUUUGUAAGUUUUGUAUUAAAUCAUUUUCAACAUU